AUAAAAUCCAACCUGCCUUUUUGUCAAUAUAGGAGCUGCGAACAUGCAGUACUGAGUUGCAGCUUGAAGCUUGAAAGUAUUUCGGGCGACCCCAAGCUUCCAUUACAUAGAAUAGGAGCAGUACAUCACUAAACGCUGGUCGGGAGUUCCAUCAAAUAUGCCAAUGAAUGGCAUUCCAAAGCGCUGAGACCCAACCGAAUGUGGCCCGCAAGCGACGCUUGUGCUUCAAAGAUGCAGAGAUGCUGUUGCUACUUGGGGAACGAGGAGAAUCCUUCUGACAUGCAGUGGGAGCCUGCCGGGGAGUACAACGAGCCUGAGAUGCCCAAAGAGCUGUGGGAGGUACUUGAACCUCACCCAGAGCCUGAGAUGACUUUGGAGCAGGCCGAGAAUAAGGAUAAACCUCAGACACCACCCAUAGAGGGGGCCAGUCUGGAACCUGAAGCACCAGGUUUGGAGCAGCAUGAGGAGAAUGGAGAGCCAAAAACUCGCCAUGUGCGAGCAAGUUCCCAAGAUGAAGCAGAUGCUUUAGGCAGCUUGCUCAGGGAUCUGAAACAGCUUCCUAAGGCUCACACUAACAACUUCUUGCGCUCUGGCACCUAUGCUUUCCAGGCGUGGAAGUCUCGGACACUCCGAGCACGGGCUGCACACGACAAGGCGUUGAGCUGCGUAUCUCAUUCAAUCUGCAGUCGGAAGUUGCGAUUGUCGUGUCCAUGCUUGGUCUUGCAGCAGGCUUGAGCUAUCUUUCCAUGAAGGGCAGCGCUGUGAUUCGGUUGGAACCAUUGCUGAAUGAGCUGCCCGUGGUGGGAGGCAUUGUGAUGUAUUUUGUAGACCCACCACAGGUCGACUUCCGCAUGAACUGGGGUCCGGCUCAAGUAUCAGAAUGGCCACCUGUCAAGAGGCAGCUCCAAAGCAUGUUGGAUUCUGUGAUCACAAGCACACUCCUUCUGCCGAAUGUCAUUCAUGUUCCGCUGGUGGAUGACGAAGAUGUGGUUGACACUGCAGCACUGCGGGAUAUCAAGCCACUGGGUAUUCUGAGAGUCAUGGUUACGCAGGUGUCACCGAUCAAAAAGCGAUUGUCCACAAGGUGGCCGCAGGUGAAACUUGAACUGGGUGCAGAGGAGUGGAUCUGCCCGGCUACCACAUCUCAGCAGUCCUGUUGCUGGCCAAGAAAGCAGCCCAGAGGCCGUAUUUUUGUCCAAGUGCUUGCCUUGACAGGCCUCAGCCCUCUUGGCACCUAUCUCCAAGUGCAAAUGGGUCAGCAGUCCUAUCGCACAGACACCGCCACAGAGGAUUCACUCUGGAGCAUUGGCAUUCCUGUUUCGUUUGAGAUGAACGAUGAAUCCUUGAGGCUUGAAGUGCACAGAGCUGACAACAACUUGUGGCACAGAAGUAUUGGCUUUGUUGACGUCAAGGCUGGGCAGCUGUGGUCCCUAACACCAGGUGUUUGGUGCUCCAGAUCAGAGAGGCUUCAGGGUGCUGAGCAGGUCACCCUGCAGUUUGAAUUGCGGUGUGAGUCUGCUGGCCGGAGAAAUUCGCACGACUUUUUUGUCCACGAUUGGAACCAGAAACUCUCAGUUUCUCUGCGGGAUUUGAGUUGCCUAGUGCCAGCAACUGUGGCAGUGUCCAGGCCACGGAAGGUCUUUGAGCUCUUGGGUCAGAAUACCUGGAAGGUGUACCUUUCUGAUCCAAAACGUGGAGACAUGGUACAGGAGACACACACGGAGGUGGAGCUGUCCUUAGAUUGGUUGGAAACCCUUCCGGAUCCUUUAAGUGAGGAGGUCCAUGACUGUCUGGUUGAAUGUCACUUCGAUGAGGUCUACGUUUCCGAUGUCUCCUUUGUGGGCAACAUGCUGGCCAUGCGUGCUUGCAUUGGGGAGACGGUGCAGCAGACUCGUCUUGCGCAGCGUGGUGAACAAAGCGAGCAGGGCCCGCAGGGAUGGGAGUUUAAAGUUGAGAGCAUCCUGCGGCUCCCUGUGAGUCGAUCAGUUCUUGAGACUGAAGGCCUCAAGAUCGAAGGUGUUGAUGGCAGAGGCAACGUUUGUGCCAUGCGCUUUCUCCAGCCUCCACGCCAGCUCAUGUCCCAGGAACUUCUGCAGUCCAUGGUCAAGCUGGAGGGGGCCCAUUGCAAGAUGCAUGCGCAGGUCUCUGUGAGGUAUUUCGGCCUUGGCAGCACUGUGCAUAAGAUGAGGAGCAUGAAGAAUUCGGAGAAAGACCAUGGAGUCUCAUCACGUGGGAACGAGGUUCGGCUGGACUGGGUGAAUCAAGUCUGGCGAAAGCUACACCCAAAGAUCGUCACGAUCGCGGCUCGCCAACUGGAAGAUCCAUUUGGCCUUUUCACCCAAGCCUUGCGGCUGCAGGUGCCUUUGCCCCUGAAGGAUGUUCACUUCACCUACUUCAUGUUGGGUAAUGCUCCGCCUGAAGUCGGACCCUUUGAAGUGUCUGAUUGGCACCACCCGGAGAACACAUUCAUGGGCAUAGAAGUGAAGGCAGGCUUUCACUUAGACACAGAAGCAAAGAUUGAGAUGAAAGUGCGUGGCCUCACUCUAGGGGUCAACAGGAUUGUUUUGAAGGGUGAUUUGCUACUUCGGCUCGUGCCUGUAAUAGAAGAGAUUCCGGUUGUUGGUGGCAUCGUGGCCAGCUUUCUGAACCCACCGGAAGUGCAGUUCGAGUAUUCCGGACUGGCGCAACACAUGGAUUCCAGCAUCCUGCGGAGACUACUUCAAGCAGCAGUAGGAAGUGCACUGGUCUUCCCUCGAGCGGUUACAAUCCCCGUAGGCACUGAAGAGCAGAAUGUGGACCGAGCUCAGCUUGAUCCCCCACCCAUAGGUGUGCUGCGCAUUUGGGUACUGCGUGCUGCAGAUCUGCCUAGCAGCUGGCCGCUGGGUGCCCUGGGUGCACACUCCCGCAGUCCCUACAUGAGCUUGUCACUUUCGCCUGAAUUGUGGCAGACGUCAGUUGUAUUCCACUCAACAAACCCACAAUGGAACGAAAAGCGCGAUUUUCUAGUUUUUGAUAGGCGUCAAGAGCUAGAGAUCCAAGUGGUGGACAAUAAUUCACUUUUUCUCCGAAAUGUGAUCGCAGUUGCUCUACCUAUUCCGAUCCAUGACCUUGCCUUUGGAGUGGAGGAACCAAUUCCACUGUUUUCUUGCAAGGAUGGUGAGGACGGCAGCCAUUUCGACUCGAAGAAGUCUCCUGCUGGAACUGCGUAUCUUCGCUUUGAGUGGCUGAACUUUGUGAGGAAAGGUCGACGAGGCGCAGAUCCUCGACACUUGCUCAGGGUGAAAUUUGAUGAACUGGGCAUACCCAACAAGCUGUUGGAUGUGGACAAAGUGACCAUUCUGGAUCCCGCCUUCCUGCGGAUGCGUGCAAAAGUGGGUGAGGUCACAAGUGACACGCCGGGAGUGGCCUGGUCCGGGCCAAGUGGCAGAGACCAUGUGAAUGUAGCCGAACCCAAUACUGGCUCAGUGGAAGUUGAUCUCGAACACACACUUUACCUCCUUAUCAAUGCUGUUGACCUGGAUGUUGGGGAACUGGAGCUCCAACUUAUGAAUAAAUAUGAUCAGGUGUUGGGAAUGGCGAGCAUCAAGCUUUCAGAUGUAUUGGCAGCUGUGGGCGGCGGUAAGAAGUGGUCAGCGCAAGACCGCCUCACACUGAAGAACAGUGAAGGCCUGGAUUGUUUCGCUGAUGUGGACGUCUCAAUCCACGGUCUUCGGUUGGCGCAGGAGUGCGUCGCUCCAUACCAGUCCUGGCACUCGCCCAGCCAAAGACGCUGA